UACUGUACUGAUACUACUACUGAUACUACUAGUACUAAUACUACUACUAGUACUACUACCACUAGUACUACUACUACUACCACCAAUACUACUACUACUAGUACUACUAGUAGUACUACUACUACUACAAGUACUACUACUAGUACUAGUAUUACUACUAUUACUAGUACUACUACUACUACUAGUACUACUACUACUACUAGUACUACUACUACUAUUACUAAUAAUACUACUACUACUACUAGUACUACUACAACUACUACUACUAGUACUACUACUACUACUACUAGUACUACUACUACUAGUACUACUACUAGUACUAUGAGUACUACUACUACUACUACCAGUACUAAUAACACGACUACGACUACUAGUACAACUACUAGUACUACUAGUAAUACUACACUACUACUAGUAUAUACUACUACUAAUAAAAGUACUACUACUACUACUGCUACUUCUACUACUACUACUAGUACUACUAUUACUACUAGUACUACUACUAAUACUACUACUAGUACUACUACUAGUACUACUACUCCUAUUACUACUACUACUAUUCCUACCAAUACUAAUACUACUACUAAUAGUACUAAUAUUAUUACUAGUAUUACUAACACUACUACUACUACUAGUACUCCUAAUAAUAGUACUAAUAGUACUACUAAUAAUACUACUACUACUACUAGUACUCCUCCUACUACUACUACUACUAGUACUACUACUAAUACUACUACGACUAUUAGUACUACUACUACUAGAACUUCUUCCACUAGUACUACUACUAAUACUAGUACUAAUACUAUUACUACUACUACCAGUACUACUACUAGUACUACUACUACUAGCACUGAUACUAUUACUACUAUUGCUACUACUAGUACUACUACUACUAGUACUACUACUACUACUACUAGUACUACUACUACUACUACUACUACUACUAUUAGUACUACUACUACUACUAGUACUAGUACUACUAGUAUUACUACUACUACUUUUCUACUAUACUACUACUAUACUACUAGUAAUACUACUACUACUUCUAGUACUACUACUAAUACUAGUACAACUACUACUACUACAACUACUACUAAUAAUACUACUACUAAUAUUACUACUACUACUACCAGUACUACUACUAGUACUACUACUAAUACUACUAGUACUGAUACUACUACUACUGCUACUACUAGUACUACUAAUACUACUACUAGUACUACUACUACUACCACCAAUACUACUACUACUAGUACUACUAGUAGUACUACUACUACUACAAGUACUACUACUACUAGUACUAGUAUUACUACUACUACUAGUACUACUACUACUACUAGUACUACUACUACUACUAGUACUACUAAUACUAUUACUAAUAAUACUACUACUACUACUAGUACUACUACAACUACUACUACUAGUACUACUACUACUACUACUAGUACUACUACUAGUACUAUGAGUACUACUACCACUACUACCAGUACUAAUAACACGACUACUACUACUAGUACAACUACUAGUACUACUAGUAAUACUACUACUACUACUAGUAAUACUACUAGUAAUACUACUACUACUAGUACUACUACUACUAGUACUACUACUACUAGUACUACUACUACUACUACUACUACUAAUACUACUACUAGUACUACUACUAGUAUACUACUACUAAUAAAA